CUGCUUGUUCUCAUCCAGUUAUACUCUGAAGCUAACCACUUGUAGCAUCAUGAAUCUGUGGUUCAGCAGUCUUUUCCUGGUGGCUGGUUUGUUCCUGAGCAGCUCUGCUCUGUCAGUUGAAGAAUGCAGACCUCUGGUAAUGCCACUUCCUACUUUUGAACCGAGUUAUGGAAGGUGGAUCUUCAUCAUGGGCUGGAUUACUGGUGAUCCACAUAGAGUCUUGUUCAAGACAACCCAAAGCCAGUGGAUUGAUUUCAUUAAGACAUCACCAAAUGACAAGGAAUUUGUUCAGGAUAUCGGGAUCAGGCACCCUACAUACUGCAAGUACGGAUCACACCCUAUAACAAUUCAUUCCAACACUGCAUUAACUGACAAGUCCAACUUCACAUGCACGUACCAUUCCCUGCCAACCUGUGAGGAAUGUCUGCUCUACUUCGUGGACAGCAGAACCAACAAUCAAUUAAUUCACAUUAUGAACAUCACUGAGCCAAAGAACAUUGCAGAGGUCGAAAGCUAUCAAGCUUUAUACCUGAUGGCCAAAGAGUCCACUGUCAAGCACUCAGACCUGGAACAUGCCAAGAAGCAGGCGAGGUGUCUUGGUUUCACAGGAGAACCAGACUUCAUCUACAACCCUGAGAAUUCUCUCUGCAAUAAAGACGAUGACGAUGACGAUUGAAGGCAUCUUAGGAUG